AUGCGUUCGAACAACUCGUCUCCCCGACGGAGAGCGCUUCACGAACGGACACCGUCUCAUACAAAUGAAUGUUCCCCACCUGCAUCCGUGCGGGCUGUCAGCGACAAACACCCUGAGCAAGAAGGGCAUCACAUCUAUACAGCUACUCCUUACCCGACUAAGCCGGAACAGAUUCUUCUGCCGCGACCCGGGAAAGGCCAUGAAUUUGUCCCCGACUCGCGCUUUCAUAUUGAUGAAGGUCCAAGUGCAUCAACCGAAACAUACUCGACGGAUAUUAGUGGACUUGCAGACAGCAGCGUAGUUGAUCAUUCAAUUGCUGAUUGGGAUCUGUCUUCGACAUUCGAUGCCGCCAAUACGCCCCCACAGCUGUGGGAGGAUGAUCCCAGCUCAAGCAAGACUUCUUUCCCGGAGUCAAAACUGCUCGAGGACGAGCAAUCUGGUCUACGGGAGAAUGAUGAAGCUGGUGCUAUAUAUUCGGACGAAGAAUCUACUCUACCUCAAAGUGCGCCGACUAUCAAGACAGUUGCCCCAGAUUCUGUCUCGCGCCAACCCUCUGGCUCAGGAAAUGUUUCGUCAAGCAACACAAGCCCUAAUGUCGUCCCUCUAGGGCCGCCGUCCAGCCCUAAUUAUGUCGCUUUCGACACUUCCAGUCUCAAUUUUGUUCGCAUCGGUCCCUCAUCUAAUCAAGAUUCCGGUUCACGGUCAAACUCGGUAUCAUCGCUCAAUUCGCUAGGCACCGUUAUUCGAUAUGCAGAUGCUGCACCUUGGACGCAUGGUUCGUCAUCUGAGCUAGGGCCCUCCCGGUCUCAGUCAUUUCGCUCCAGCCCUCCAUAUCAGGUUCCCUCGAUGAGAUCAAAUUCUACUCGGCCGAGCGCUAGGAGCCAUUCUCGUUCGGCAACUUCGUCCUCGGAAGGCACACCGCGCUCUGAUAUACACCAGGCUGUUGUUGAUAGCGGUGUGUUCAUUCAGUAUCCGUCUAUAAGAGCCCCUUCAUCCGGUUCAAGGGUGGAAAACGUGUCAAACUCCCCAGGGUCAUCCGAGGAUAAUCUACCUGCGCCUAGUGGUGAUUAUUCCUCUGCCCGAUUUCGGUCCCAUCUCUCGACGGUGUCGUCUCGUUGGUCGGCCGAGGACGAUUCUGGUUUCGCUUCUCCCAUGAACAAUAACUCGAGAAACAUGUCAGAAACACUCUCGCCACCUCCUGUAGCCAUGACGCGCCAAAGGCUUACCUCAUCCUCAGUAUGGCUGGUGAAUGAGUCGGAAGAUGACGAAUUCUUAGACAGUGUUGCUAGUCUACCGCCGCGUCCCACAAAUCCAGGUGUUCCCACUAGCCAGACUUCAAGUUCAAGAAGCAGCAGUGUACGGAGUAAUCAGCGUCCUGGCACGAGUUCUAGCUUUGUCACAAACAUCCUUCCGACUUGGGCUAAGAUGUAUUACACAACUGAAGAGGAGCCCGGGAAUUCUACACUGGCCCUGGUAGAGGAAGGCAGUCGCCCAGCCUCAGCGAGACCUGCGACCUCCAACUCGACUGUUAUCCAGCGUUUUACUAGCGCCAUCGGUCGAUCUAGAACCUCCAAUGAGACUGAAACAAGCUCUGGCCAACAACCAGUUUCCGACCUCCGGGACCCGCGAAGCCAUUGGGUGAAACCCCUCGAGCUAUCUGUCACAAAGCCUGGAUCGUCUUUUCAUCGACUACGACCUAGUUGGUCACCACAUUUAUUCCCCGAUAGGCGUAAUGUAGCGCCGAAGUCAAGUGCUUGGCGUGCGCCAUCUCUUGACUCUCGGACCGAGCCCAUCCUUGGGAGGCGCAAUAUCCAAGUUUGGUCCUUUUGCUUGGGCUUUAUAUGUCCACUGACAUGGCUUAUUGCUUCAUUCUUACCCCUCCCGAAAAAGCCCGAAAUGAUGAUGGAGGAGAACCGUGGUCCCGAGCUGGAGGAGACGCUCAAGAUGCGACUCUACGACCUUGAGCGAAGGCGAUACCUGAAUGCUCGAUGGUGGAGAAACCUCAAUCGAUGGAUGAAUCCCCUAGGGCUGGUGAUCGUCGCUAUCAUUAUAACACUCGCUGUUGUGGGCUCUACGGUAGGCUUCUAA